GUUAAAAUGCAGGUGAUUGUUUUUAUAUCCAUCUUAUUUUUAGUGUGUGUUAAUAAUAGUCAAGCAUUAAAAUGUUACCAGUGUUUUCUUAGCGAAAAAUGCGAAACUCCUAAGGAAUCAAAUUUACCAUUGUUACCAUGCGAAAUUUCUGAAACUUUAUGCUCCACAAUUGAGGUACGAUUGGAAAGUGACAAAACAGGAAUAAUUAGAAAAUGCGAAUCAGGUAGCACUUGCUUGGAAACAAAAAAAGAUUUUUUUGUAAAAAAAUGUAAUAUUUGUGAAGGUGAUGGAUGUAAUGGCGCGUAUCACAAAUUUCAAAAUGUUUAUUAUCUUGUUACACUGCUUUCAUCAGUUGUUGUAAUUAAAUUUAUUUGUAAUUUAAUAUAAUUAAAACGAAAAAUCAUGUUUUUUCAUUUAC